CUCCUCUGUUUGUCGUUUGUCUUUCCUUUUCGGAGUACCUUUUCCAAGCCACGCUUCCCCGGCGAAAUCUCCAACUGUCCCCAGAGCCAUGCCGAGUCUAUAAAGGGAAGAAGAAGUGGCCACUUUACCAGUGUCCAACCCAAGGGGCAUAGUCUUUUGAAAAAGAGCCGCACUUUUUUAUAUUCUCACCCAACAAGAAGACUGGUGGGUAGUUGAUUAAAUGACAGUUAGCUAGGAGGGAGAGGAGGGGAGAAAGAGUUCACUUAGAAUUCUAAGACCCAUCUCCAUUUCUCAUCCUUCCUCCCAUCACUUCAGAGAUGUUGGGUGGUUCCUCUGCUAGAGGGGGAUUCUUGAAGGAGUUUCUGAUCAUCUCGGGCCUCUUCGUGGUGCAAGUUCUCUUUGGGGUCUACACGGUUGUCUUGAAUCGGAUUCUUGGGGAGGGACUCGAUCCUUUGCUUCUCAUCGUGUUUGGGAACUUGAGCACUGCCAUCAUCCUUCUUCCCUUUGCGGUCAUUUUUGAGAAGAAGAAAUGGCCUACAAAGUUGAGUCCUACUUCCAUGGUUCAGUUUGUGGUGCUCGCCCUUGGAGGAGUUACCAUGUAUCAAGGUCUGCUCUUUUUGGGAAUAAAGAAAACAUCACCUGCCAUUGCCUCUGCUAUGCCAAACCUCGCCCCUGGCUUCAUCUUCAUCAUUGCAGCUUGCGUCAGGUUUGAAAAAUUUGAUAUAAGGUGCAAAUACAGUGGAAUCAAGAUCUUGGGAACCUUGGUGUGCUUGAGUGGAGCCAUAGUCAUGAGCUGCUUACAGAGCCCUUCGACCUCGCCCAUGCUGACAUCUAACAAGUUAUCCCUCCUAGGUAACAAGGAAUGGAUGUUGGGAUGCUUCUAUCUCCUUUCAGCAGUUGUCAUCCUCUCUUGCAACACAGUUUUGCAGGCAGCAACAAUGGUCAGCUUUCCAGCACCAUUAACAUUGUGUGUUAUAACUGCCACGAUGGGCUCCAUUCUUACUGCAAUGCUGCAAUUCAUAGUAGAAGGCAAGAUAGAUGCUGGAUCUUCUACGAUUAAUGUCGCAAGCAUCAUCGCCUUUGUGAUUGGGGGAGCAGUGGUGAUAGGCGCAUGUAUUGCAUUCCAAACAUGGUGUGUCAAUAGAAAGGGUCCAGUCCUGGUGGCCAUCUUCAGCCCCAUCCAAACGGUCUGCUCUGCAAUCCUUUCUGCUGUACUUUUGAGACAAGUUAUCAGUUUGGGAAGCUUAGCAGGAAUAGUUCUAAUGUUUUCUGGCCUUUACAUGGUCUUAUGGGCAAAGAACAAUGAAGGUUUGAGUUUAGUUGAUGCUGGCGACGACUCCACACAGCCCCCCGGUGACAUCGAGAAGCCCCUACUGUCUUAAGUUUUUCCCGAAUUAUUUUAUGAGCGGGACUUAAGAUAAAAGUGCAUAAGUAGCCUUUAAAAGGAGAUAUCAGCUAGCCGUAAGGAUCAUGUACUACUCCUAUGUGUUGAUAUGUAAAGAAGCAAAUCUCUGAGUUAAGGAUGUUGUCAUGACAACUAUAAAACUAAAUUUCUAAAGGAAAAUGUAAAGCUAAUGGUAAUGGAACUUCAAAAUACUUGUUAAUCAGGUAUAUUUAUAGGAAGGAUAAUAGUACGACUGAUUGGAUGACUUCAUAUGUGUGGUU